AUGCUCCGCCCACCCAUCUGGGAGCCGCGAGCCGGCCGCCCCGCCCUCGCGGCGAAGGUGGCUGCCGAAGUGGGCGGGGAGGUCAGGGAACUCAAAGUGUGCCUGCUGGGGGAUACUGGUGUGGGUAAAUCAAGCAUUGUAUGGCGGUUCGUGGAAGACAGUUUUGAUCCGAAUAUCAAUCCUACCAUAGGGGCAUCUUUUAUGACCAAGACUGUCCAGUACCAAAAUGAGCUACAUAAAUUCCUAAUCUGGGAUACAGCUGGACAAGAACGAUUUCGUGCGUUGGCACCGAUGUACUAUCGAGGGUCAGCAGCAGCCAUCAUCGUUUAUGAUAUCACAAAAGAAGAGACGUUUUCAACGCUGAAGAACUGGGUGAGAGAGCUCCGCCAGCAUGGCCCCCCUAGCAUUGUGGUUGCCAUUGCUGGGAACAAAUGUGAUCUUACCGACGUCAGAGAAGUCAUGGAGAGAGAUGCUAAGGACUACGCUGAUUCCAUUCAUGCCAUCUUUGUAGAGACCAGCGCAAAAAAUGCAAUAAACAUAAAUGAACUCUUUAUAGAAAUUAGCCGAAGAAUUCCAUCCACGGAUGCCAACCCGCCGUCUGGCGGCAAGGGCUUCAAACUCCGAAGACAGCCAUCGGAGCCAAAGCGAAGCUGCUGCUGACCACCCGGGGCCCCACACUAAUGAAGAAGCAGGUGGUCCUGGAUGUUGCAGGAGGACCAGUCCCUGCCAUUGGCAACUGCCUCGUGCCCUGGAGUCUUCUUCAUGCAAAAAGGACUCAGAGGAACUGGCUGCUGGGUACUCUUGGAAGACUACAGCAGGUGUUUCCAAAUGCAGACUUGUGUCGCGGACUCUGGUGUGCAAAGGGACCACAUCCUUGGCUGCUGACAUAGCUGAAAGGAGCAUCUGAUGUAUGGAUGGUAGGACUGAAUUGCAGGUACUUUUGUAAUCAGGAUGUCGUGUAUCAUUUGUAAAGGGAAACGAGCACUUUUGUGGAUCUUAAGGGAAAACGCUAUGGAGAUGGUUAUCUCCUUGGUCCUUGUCGCUGGUGUCAGAGUAGCAUCAUUUAAGAUGUGGAAAGUGAUCACAAGUGGAGGGAUGGUUGGCCCUGGGACAGUUUUCGCCAUCUCUCAAGCACUUUCAUACACCACAGCGGCGGCGGCCUGGUUCACCUCGGGUUUACUUCUGACCCUGUAUGUGUCACCACACAUUAGUUUUAUCAUUACCUUUCUCAGUAAGCUCUCAUGGUCCAGGUGAUGGUGUAGAGAUGCUACCUGGAGCCAGUUGAGUUACAUGUGUCACUGAUGAGCAGUGGUUUAAAAGGAAGAGAGAAAGAACAAAGGAAGUGAUUUUUUUUUUUUUUUUUUUGGUUUUUGGUCCAGGUAUUUGGUGGAAAAAGAAAACAAAAACAAAUGUGUGCUGCCUAGCAUAUGUACAUUUGUAGUCUAUAUUUAUGAGACCAUUGCUUAAAAUUAUAAAUUAUGUAAAUACAUUAAUAACUUCUGAAUUCCACAUUCAGUACUCCAUUUAGUCGUGCACCCACUCAUUUUUCAGCCAGUCCACAGGAGAUUUUGAAGCGCAUUCACCUUGUGCAAAAGCAUGGAACACUUAGCUCACAGCUCCUUCCUCCUCCCCUUGCCCUUCUGCAUCCCAUCUGGAAAUGGUAAUAAAGACAUAUGCCUCCUUGACAAGCGACCAGUCCUUGCUAGCCUGGGGCAAGUGAGAGCCUAGCACCCAGCACUCACCUGGCCUUGGCAGUGGGGAGCUCAGACCAACUGUGUUGAGAGUGCUUUGCAUAUAACAGCCAGUUCGCCUCCCCUCCUUUAUUCUCUCUUGCCUCUGCUAGUGCUUUGCACUCUUUUCCCUCAGGAGCCUAAUGAGGUUCUUAAUAUAAUCUAAAAAUAAAGCCCCCAAGUGAAACUGCUGGAAA